CAAACAAUCGAAUACGUUCUUAUCGACAUGGCAAAGCCUCCGACCGGAAAGCUCAGCCUGUUCAACCUCUACGUUGCUCUCUCACGCAGCCAUGGUCGCGACACAAUACGAAUCCUGAGAGAUUUCGAUGAACGAAUGUUCUAUGAACCUCACGAUGAACAACUGUUGAUGGAAGAUGAAAGACUGCAGAAAAUGGAUCACGAAACAGCAGCGCGGUGGACGAAAGUGCGAGGGCAUACGGAGACAACCAACGGAUUGUAG